AGACUUAAAAAAUWAUUUUUUUUUGUGGAAUGAAGCGUUUGUCUCAAACAUGGAAGCAAAAGAAGACUGUGAAAUCCACAAAGUCAACAACAACGAACGACAAAUCGUCGUCGGUAGAUCGAUUUCAGAAUGAGAAAUCAUCAAAAGUAUUCCAAAGUCCGUCUACAUUCAAAACUUCCAACACACGGACCAACACACUUCAAAGAGCUACAGAGAAACAAGACACCAAUAAAGAUGGUAUCGCCACAACCAACAGCCUUCUGUUCAACUCGCCRACCAGCUCUCUCAGCGUAUCUUUUGGCUUCGACUUUGAUGCCGCUGCUCUCUCAGAAAUGGAUAAACUCGAGCAAGAACAUGUCCCUAAUUCCACUACAACACCUAUUCCUCACAAACGAAGACUAACAGAAAAUGCCACAACCUCUACUCCACAAAACAAUACAAAUCAACACAAAAUUGCCACUGCAACAACCCUAACAACUACUCCUUAUGGAGCACUAGUAUUUUCAAAGAGAAAUGAUUCAAAUACUCCUAAAACUGAAGCCCAAAAUAGAGUUAUACAAGGAAGAGAAAGGAUUUCAACUCCCAUUGAAGAGAACAGCAAUGCUUUAGUGUCACCAUCGGCAAACUUGCCUGUGUUUUCACCAGUGAACCUGACAUUGAAUACAUGUAGCUCAGUUUCUGAGAAUGUCAAAAUUGUCCAGAGACAUGAAAGUAAUGGGAAACAAGACAGUAAUAGAAAUUUAAGAUUAUCCAAAAGUGGUAGCUCCAGUGACAGCACGCAUGACAGUGACAGUAACAGCAGUACUAACAGUGUCCUAGAAGUUUGUCCUGCCAGUGGAAGCGAUGUUCAUAACCUUGCAUCUUGGGGGCUACCACCAUCAGUGUUACAGCGAUAUCAUGAUAUGGGUAUCACUCACAUGUUUGAGUGGCAAGCAGAGUGUUUAAGGACAGGMAAYGUACUCAGAGGAGGAAAUCUGGUCUACUCAGCACCAACCAGUGCUGGCAAAACCAUGGUAGCCGAGUUGCUGAUGUUAAAGCGAGUUCUAGAAACCAAGAGAAAAGCUUUGUUUAUUUUGCCAUACGUCAGUGUGGCCAGAGAAAAGAUGUUUUAUCUACAGCGUCUGUUUCAAGAAGCCAGUGUUCGUGUCGAGGGAUUCAUGGGCAGCCAUAACCCCGCAGGUGGAUUUACUGCGGUAGACAUUGCCGUAUGUACAAUAGAGAAGGCAAACAGCUUACUAAACAGACUUAUGGAAGAAAACAAGGUGUCUACUUUGGGGGUGGUAGUGGUGGAUGAAAUGCAUAUGAUAGGUGAUCCCCACAGGGGGUACCUACUGGAGCUUUUUCUCACCAAGAUAAGAUUUGUUUCUGGAGAGGGGACAGUCCAAGGUGAACAAGCUGAAUGUGAUAACAAAGACGGUAAAUCUACAAACGAGUCCCCGAUUCAAGUCGUCUGUAUGAGUGCAACAUUACCCAACUUAGACAUGCUCGCUCGUUGGCUUGCCGCUGACUUGUACUUCACAGACCACAGACCAGUCCCUCUGACGGAGAUGGUGAAAAUCGGCCCGACCAUUUAUGACAAAAAGAUGACCAAAAUCCGGGACAUUGAUCCAACGAAAGCCGUUGUCAAUGACGACGAUCACAUAAUCCCACUUUGUAAAGAAACUAUUACCCAGGGACACUCGGUACUGAUAUUUUGUCCGACAAAAAACUGGUGCGAGAAACARGCAGAGGCGAUUGCGCGMCACUUYUCUACUAUCGGAAACCCWGGACUAGCAAGAAAAACUGACAAUCGAUCAGGCUUCGUGAAAGCGUCGGAUAUGAUCGCUUUUGAUUACGAAGCCAUCCGGGAGGUCUUCGAGCAGCUCAAAAGGACGCCUGUCGGCUUGGACUCGGUUUUACGAAGGGUGUUGCCUCAUGGGGUGGCUUAUCACCACGCGGGACUUACAGUUGACGAGAGGGACAUUAUCGAGGGGGCUUUUAGACAAGGGACUAUAAGAGUUCUUGUGGCCACAUCUACAUUAUGUUCAGGUGUGAAUCUUCCCGCUCGUCGAGUCAUCAUCCGAACUCCUACGUUUCAUGGUAAAAUGGUAGACCCUUUGGUCUACAAGCAGAUGGCUGGACGGGCUGGACGUAAAGGAGUUGACGAUCUUGGUGAGAGUGUUCUUGUAUGUAAAACUACUGAAAGGCACAAAGCUACGACGCUGAUGAAGAGCGAACUCAAACCUGUGCAAAGCUGUUUAUUAUUAAAAGAACUCAAUGGUGGAAUCAAGCGUGCUUUACUGGAGGUCAUCGCCAGUGGCGUCGUGACAGGAUUACGUGACGUAGAGCGUUACGCUGCGUGUACAUUCUUUGCUUCCUCGUCACGUCAGGAUGACARWGAUGGCAACAAGUGCGCUAUCACUGAAACAAUUAAAUUUCURGUUGACAACGAGUUUAUUCGGGUACAAGUCAACAAAGACAAAGAGAAUGGAGACUCCCGAUCAGAGGAAUCAGCCCAAGAGCGUUACGUUUCUACCCAGCUUGGUUCAGCCACAGUGGCUUCUGCUCUGUCUCCUGAUGAAGCUUUGGUUGUAUUCGGUGAUCUCCAACAAGCAAGAAAAUGCUUCGUGCUGGAGAGCGAACUGCAUAUCAUCUAUCAGGUCACACCUAUAUAUGUCGAAGCUCAGUGGCCAAAUCUGGACUGGAAUCAGUUUCUAAGCAUUUGGGAACGUCUUCCUUCGCAUAUGCGACGCGUUGCUGACAUUGUUGGAAUACAAGAAGUCUACCUWUCCCUUGCAUCACGKGGUAGGAUACCAACCCGUACKCCACAACAGCGGCAACAGCUAAGAGUCCAUCGGCGCUUUUUUGCUGCGUUGGCUCUACAAGAUUUAGUCCACGAGGUACCUUUAAAUGUCGUUGCUCGCAGGUACGGGGCAACUCGAGGGAUGGUACAGUCCUUGCAAAGCUCAGCCUCUACKUUUGCUGGAAUGGUAAGCGUGUUCUGCCAGAAACUCGGUUGGGUCAACUUAGACCUUUUGCUGUCACAGUUCCAGAGUAGGCUGUCUUUUGGYGUCGAGAGAGAGCUGUGCGAUCUUGURAGGAUCUCGGUUUUGAACGCCGCGCGUGCGCGAAUGCUUUAUAACGCAGGCUUUCAAACCAUGGCAUCGCUGGCGUCCGCUAAACCGGAAGUAAUCGAGACAGUCUUGAGAAAUGCUGCUCCAUUUGUCAGCGAGCGAAGACAUCACGGAGAAACUGAUUUGGAGGUGAAACACCGAAGCGAAGCACGAGUGAUAUGGGUUGCAGGAAAGAAAGGACUCAGUGAAAGGGAAGCAGCAGUUUUAAUCAUAUCAGAAGCGAACCAACACCUUCAAGAUGAUGCUGCACAACUUGGUAUUCAGUGGAAGGCACCGGAAGUAAAUGCACCGGAAGCACGCGGACUAGAAAGAAAUCCACCGGAAGUACGCGCAACGGAAGUAGCUGGAACUUCCAUUGGUAACAAAGGGAAUCGAUCAUUAGGAGUGGCAGGGAAUCUAUCUCGUGAUAAACCAUCCAAAAAGAAGCGGAAAUUCUCAAAUAGACGAAGGUUGUCGGGGGCUAAUGGGAAUCGGAUAUCGCCUCCUUUGCGGCGAAGUCCACGACGAUCACCAGAUACUAAUCCCCCUGAAGUCAAAGAGAAAUACACCAAAUUGACUGACGUUAGGACUUUGCCUUCAUGCCUGGAAGGACAAACAAACCGUGUUAAAGACGAUAAGACAGCACAAAGCAUCCGAUGUCUCGAAAGCUUACCAGGAACAAGUAAAGAUAAAUGCACAAAAACUAUGAAUACCAAUGGAAAUACCUUGUCUUCGUGUGUAGAAGGGCAGAGGAACGUUAACGCGGCGCUCAACGUCAAUCCAGUAGAAUCAGAACCAGUAACUAGAAAAAGGCGAGAAACACACGAGAAAAGCAAAGUACAAAGCGAUAAAACUCUCUAUAAUAUUCAAAUCGAGAAUGUUAUUCCGUCCAAACAGACGUCCACCAAUCAUAGCAGUGCUCACAAAGAAGAGAGAACUAUUGCGUAUGACAAACAAAACUGGGAUAAAGAUGCUAAGACCUUUGCUGCACGUGACUCCACGAUAACCAAUCAUAGCAAAGAUCGUCUUGAAAGUAACCAAUCAGAAAGAAUAGGUUUAUCCGAAGAGCAAAACCGUAAAAAGGAGGCUGUAAAAUAUAGUUCACGUGACCUGCCUUCCACCAAUAAGGUCAAAGACAAACUACAAAGCAACCAAUCAGAGGGAAGGUCAGUUCCAUCUAUAGUUAGAAACCAGAGUCWAGGUGAUCARCAACAUAGACCGAAUUGCUUUAACAAAGAAGUACAAGAACAACAUCAAAAUGAAAUAAAACCAAGAGCAGAUUUUUUUACGCCAAUUGGGGAAACUUCCAAACAGAGGAGAAUAUCUCCACGGAAUAAAUGUAAUAGCGAAACUUCUGAUAAUCGAUUAAGUAUUAAACGACGUUCUCCACGAAAUGAGCUGCGCAAAGACUCGCCGAAGGAAAAGGUCCCAAGAAUUGAAACAAAGAUGGCGGACGAGAUCGAGAAACAAGACUCCCUUCUGAACACAACACAAUCAUUUUCAGUCCAAGAGGAGUCGUACUCUUCUGCAGUUCUGUUUGACAACUCUGUGGAUAUCUCUGAGAAUAAAGUGGCUCCUGGACCGAGUAUAUCACCAGAACUAUACUCUGAGCCUUUGGACGAAGAAAAAGAUGCUAAAGGUGAGGUACCAGAAUCCCAGGCAUUGGGAUUCAGCAUGAGCGACAGCUACCUGGCACAGUGUGGUGGGGUGACACAAACAAACCCAGAAGACCAUCGCCAUCAGCAAAACAUCGAUGAACAUGAAGUCAACCAUAUGGAACUAUAUGACGUUGGGUCGUCCAUCUCAGAUGACAUUAUGGCCCAACACUGCGAGGGUAUCCUUGAAGAAAUUGGUGAUGAAAAUGUCCAGGAAGACCUUCUCAAAAUAUAUAUUCAGCAUGACCCUCUUAGAAUAAACGUCCAGGAAGAACCUCUUAGCUUGAAUGUCCAGAAAGACUCUCUUACUAUAAAUUUCCAGGAAGAUCCUAUUARAAUAAGUGCCCAGGAAGGAAAUAAACAACAAUAUUUCCAUCAAGUGAAAGAUCGACGUGGUAGUCAAAAYAUUGAAAAGGACCGAGCUCAUGAAGGCCACGAYGCCGAAGAMCUCGUCGGAGAAUUCGAUUCAGGUGAUCAUUUCCAACAAGAGACCUGUACAUCUGGACCUUGCAGCCCCGUCAAUACCUGCGCUUUAAGAUCUUCUACAACAACAAGGUCAGAGGARCGAGGUGAAAUCGAGGGUGAAGGGUUGCUGGAAUUAACAGGGUCUUUUUCAUUAAACCUYUCGCUGUCAGGCAGUCCUUUUGAUGAAGAUUGUGUUAUUGAUUUAAAAUCUGGAAAACAAAUAAGUAAAAACAAUGAAGGAGAUCCUUCUCAUGAAGGGCUCUGUGCAGAUGGACGCUUGUUGGCAGGAGAUGCAAACAAUAGGGAGUCCCCUUUAGAUGAUGGCCGUCGGUCCAAAGAUGUUCCUGCAGUUGCUUUCCCGCGGAAGGAAAGUGAGAACAGUCGAAAGUCCACAGCAGAUGAAGGUCUUAGCUUUGACUUGGACGAUCAGCAUCUAGAUUACACUUCUACACGCACUGGAAUGAAUGGUUUUCAAAAUGAUCAGAAUAAUGCAAAAUAUACUAUGAUUAAGUCCAAAGAAAUUCACAGUAUCAAACAGAAAACACCGUCCAACCUAAAGGAAUCAACAAAAUCUGUUUUUGUUUUGAAUACACUCGAUGUUUUCCAAUCAACUGAAAGUGAUGAGGCUUCAGAUUCAAGCCCAGACUCUCMCGUCAACAACACGCCAGCCUCGCCUUCAUGUACUUUUUCAAGCGUUACCAUUGCCAACAUAUCAGCCAAUGAGCUUCUGUUUCACCACUUUAUUAAAGAAUGGAARGGRCGUAAAGAGUUCGCUAUAGCUAUGGCCUCAGAGAGAAGUUUGGAUAAUGUACCUAAGAUAGGAGGCCGCUUCAAUAAGGGUCCUAAAAUGAAGSARGGGAAUCUUAAGGGACUUUCUAUCGAUGRUACAGAUGAGGCUGUGGUGGGAAUUGCCGUGUCMUGGGGMGGWAGRGACGCSUACUACAUYUCCUUGAAARGUUCCAGUGAAGYCGAAGGAGGCCCUGAUGAGUCGUUGGUUGCCUCUACGUUGUCUAUUGAGACACGAAUUGAAGGGAUAAAAUCAGUCUUGGAAUACAAGGGAAAGCGGAAAGGAAUGAAGUUUUGCUUCGAUUCUGCAGCACAUUAUAAGGCACUGGCCCAAAGCUGUGGCAUAACGCUAAGCGGAGAUGUUGAAGAUCCUAAAGUUGCUGCAUGGUUGUUGGAUCCCUCGGCCAAGGAGAAGAGCUUGCAUCAUUUAGCAGCGGAGUUUAUUAGUGACAAAACAGACUUGUUAGAAGGUACCGGUGCUGGUUUUGGGUGUGGUAGUCUUGGAUUAGCAUCCCAAAGCCCCAUCGGUGGUCGUGCGAGGGCGUGUACCGAAGCAGUUGUCACUUAUUGGUUGAUGAAGCAGCUCCGUGAUGACUUGAAGAAAGUCGAACUUGAUGAGUCAUUUUACCAGGUUGAAAUGCCUGUYAUGAAGUGUCUUGCUCGUAUGGAACUCAACGGCAUUGGGUUCUCUGAGGUCGAGUGCGAACGACUCAAGUCGAUUUUACAAGCUAAACUGCGAGCGCUCGAAGAAACCGCUUAUAAACUUGCCAACCGCAGCUUUUCUUURACAAGUCCAGAUGACGUUGCAACAGUAUUAUUCUUAGAACUUAAACUUCCAGUGGACGGRAAAYUCGAGGAYAMCGGCCCGACGCAGGUCAAACGACGAACCCUCGGCUCUUCGCGACGAGCUCCAAGAGGUYGCAAGCAACUCAAGCAUCUCAGUACAAACAAAGACGUWCUGGAACGACUCAAACAAUUUCAUCCUCUCCCUGCAGUAAUUCUAGAAUGGCGACGUGUAAAYUGUGCGCUUACUAAGGUUGUCUACCCCGUCCAGCGCGAGAAGAUACYCAAUCMWCGAGUUAACAUGAAUCGGAUUUACACCACGAGUCAAAUCCACACCGCUACGGGACGAGUAUCGUUCGCCGAGCCCAACCUUCAGAACGUCCCACGGGACUUUGAAAUUGAUCUACCACAGGAAKCCCGUASGAUGAAUCACGUCACUAAUACGAUAUYYGUGAGCAUGCGUACUUCGUUUGUACCUUUCGMAGGUGGAGUARUGSUUGCCGCUGACUAUUCCCAGUUAGAAUUGCGRCUUAUUGCUCACUUAUCAACAGACCUGCGUCUUAUCAAGCUCCUUAAUGCCGGUGGUGAUGUGUUCAAGAUGAUUGCGGGCUCUCUUAAUGGAGUUGAGCCCACGGCUGUCAGUGAUGUACAGCGUCAGCAGGCAAAACAGAUUUGUUAUGGAAUUAUCUACGGAAUCGGUGCGAAAUCGCUCGGAGAACAGCUCAAAGUCAGCGAGGAAGAUGCCUCUGUUUUUAUUGAGAAGUUCAAAUCCCGUUUCAGUGGGAUAAAGAAAUAUUUGAAAUCAACUGUUGAGAAGUGCAGGAAAGAUGGUUUUGUUUUGACCGUCACCAAGCGACGGCGAUACCUACCGGGCAUCAAUAGUACAAACGUACAUGCGCGAAGUCAGGCCGAGCGUCAAGCCGUCAACACAACUGUACAAGGRUCAGCGGCUGACCUAGUAAAAAUCGCCAUGAUAAACAUUGACCGAAAACUUACCGAAAUGUACCCGACGRCCCGAACAACUCACCGACAUARRACAAUCGAUCAAAACGAAAGCGAUACGAGAUCUCGUCGAAGAAGCACAAGAAUUAGUGCCCAAACUCCAAGGAAAAUGACUAGUACCCAGCCUACCAAKGKCGCAUUUGUUGUUUUACAACUUCAUGAUGAACUCAUUUUAGAAGUUUCCGAGGGAGASUURCACCGAGUGGCAGCUAUGAUUAAGAAGGAAAUGGAGACCGCGAUGAAAUUGUCAGUGGUGUUACCUGURAAAUUGAAGGCGGGUCCUUCAUGGGGGACMAUGACUCCGUUAGAAUUAUGAAUACAAUUAUUUAUUUAGUAAUAAUUAUUUAUUUAUUGUACAAUAAGCUCAUUGGGUCCUUUUUUACGGACACCAGAAUACGGUCGUAAUCUGAGAUUUUUGAAAGCAAAUCAMCUUUUAAAAGGGACAUGGCCCACCAGCAUUCAAUGCGGUCGUGUUUUAGAUUUUUCAUAUAUGGAAAAUGAGGUGACUUCGAAUAUCCAUUCGCAAUCCGUUUCCAUCCAUCAGCUUGAAGAUCGAAUCUUACAAUAUUUCCACUCAUGUAGUAUAUAGGGAUAAUAAAGAGUAAAUUUAGUUUUUUGCUUGAUUACGACAUAGAUUACGAUGUAUUUUAUUUUCAAACAUGAGCAAAAGCUGGGAUGCUGGUAGACCAUGUUCCUUUAAACAAAUUUUUAUUUACCAUUAGUGUAUAGACUUACUACUGCAUUGAUGUUCUGUCAAUACUGAAUAUGUAAUUAUAUAUUAUAUUAUAAUUAUUAAUAUAUUGUAAUCAAACAACUCAGGCCCAUUGCAAACGGCGUUCCGAUAGGCCAUAAUUUGAAUUUCGCAGAACCACUUGUAAAUAGAAGAUAAAUUUAUCAUAUGAAAACUUACAAUUAAUCUUUUUUUUGUUUCUCUUUAUCUCAUUUUUACUGACUUCAACACAUGUAAAA